UCCAUCCUGUCUCACCCCCGUGGACUACAAUAGAACAGCCCAACUGAAUGGUACGUCCCUCCCCACCACCUUACCCCUUUCCCUGAUGCCUGCCGAGCAGCUCCCAGCAUGCAGUGGGAUAAGCCUGGCCACCGUGACCUACACGAUCCAUUACGUCCUUCUGAACGGCAGCAACACUACAAAGGACUGUGGGAACGGACUGGCAUGCUCGAACAAGACCACCCAGAGUCUACACACGGACAUAACCGGGCUGCGGCCGCACUCACACUACCUGCUACAAGUGUCUGCCCAAAACUUCUACACCAGGAAGGUCCCUGUUCUCGGCCCCUCCACAACGCUAAAAACCGCCAUCGGCGUUCCUUCUCCUGCUGUUAACGUCACAGCCGCCGCCAUGCUUCCAGACUGGGUGGACGUGUUCUGGUCCAAACCUCUGGUGCCGAACGGUCCACUGGAAGACAUCAUGUACAGGGUGCAGUACCAACUGGAGUCAGCAGGAGGAGCUGGUGUACAGGAGAUGAGGGUUGUGACAUCGGGAGUGUAUAACGCAAGCAUACGAGGACUGCAGCCAGGGAAGAACUAUACGUUCAAGGUGAUCGCCAACUCAGUGGCUGGUUCCAGUGAGAGUUUGCAAGUCCGUGCGGCGACCUUUCCUGCCCCGGCUGACCUCCAGGUCAUCAACCUCUCCAACACCACCAUGCUGGUCUCCUGGCAACCGUUACCUAGCAACGUCAUCACCCAGCAUGCCUUGCAGUGGGCAGAGAAACCUGACACUGGGGAUGUGCCAGAUGCAGAUUGGAGGAGCAGCAAUGACAGCCUAGACAGCAAUGCCACCUUGUGGAACAUCACGGAACUGCAGGCAUACAGGGAGUAUCUCCUGCGAGUCCAGCUGACCUACACGUCAGGACAGCUGUACAGGUCACAACCUCUGACCCAACGCACCCAGGCGGGAGUGCCCGGCCCUCCCACAUCUGUCGCAGUGCGCCGGAUUAAGGGCGAGUUUGACGUCUCGUGGGCGGAGCCUGACCGCGACAACGGGGCAGAGGUCACCGACUACAUCCUACAGUGUGCUGUGGACAACAGUAACAUCACAGAAUCGGAUUGGAUGACGAAGUACGAGGGAAAUGAGACCGGUGUGAUCGUGAGCGACCUGACCAGCGGAAUCAUGUACGUGUUUCGUGUGGCGGCGCUCAACGACCUCGGACAGGGGCCCUACAGCCUGCCCUCCCAGCCAAUCAGAUUCGAGCCAGCUGUGCAAGAACAAGGAGGAAACAUAGCCGGUAUCAUCGCUGCCUGUGUGAUGGUGGGCGUGGUCCUCGUCUUAGCGGUUAUCAUCAUCGUCAUUCUCCGCCGGCGUCGGCACAAAGGAGCGUCGCUCGCGAUGGAUGCCGUGGGCUACCGACCCGACCUGGAGCUGGCACGGCUCCGGGACCUGCCACGGGACCCCAACUUCCACGCAGAGAACAGUGCCCUCUACGCUGUCAGUGCCCUUCCAGAGUUGGAUGUCUCAAAGUUGCCCCUGUACCCUCGGCACAAACUCAGCCUGACCAAGAUGCUUGGGAGCGGGGCGUUUGGUGAGGUUUUUGAGGGAACCGCCACCGACAUCCUGGGGCCCGGAACAGGGGACACAAGGGUCGCUGUCAAGACCCUCCACAAAGGCGCGACCGACCAAGAAAAGGGAGACUUCCUUAAAGAAGCCCACCUGAUGAGUCAGUUCAAGCACGGCAACAUCGUGGCUCUCCGGGGGGUCUGUCUGGACAACAACCCACAGUACAUCAUACUGGAACUCAUGGACCAGGGGGAUCUCAAGUCCUACCUACACGCCAACAGGCCCAACCCUCUGCGGCCGUCCCAGCUGGACCUGAUGGAUUUGAUUGACAUCUGUCUGGAUGUGACACGAGGCUGCAAGUACUUGGAGGAGAUGCACUUCGUACACAGAGAUCUGGCCGCCCGUAACUGCCUGGUGGACACGCAGAACAACAAGCGUACGGUGAAGAUUGGAGACUUCGGUCUGGCGAGAGACAUCUACCGGAACGACUACUAUCGUAAGGAGGGGGAGGGGCUGCUUCCCGUUCGCUGGAUGUCACCCGAGAGCCUCGUGGACGGAGUCUUUACCAGCCAGUCUGAUGUCUGGUCGUUUGGUGUCCUGCUAUGGGAGAUCAUGACCAUGGGAAACCAGCCAUACCCCGCCAGGACCAACCUGGAGGUCAUGCACUUUGUACGCAGCGGCGGCCGGCUCGACAAACCCUACAACUGCCCAGAUGACAUCCACCAGUUGAUGCUGCGGUGUUGGAGUAAGAACGCGUCGAACCGCCCGACCUUCCGCUACUCGCUGGACUUCCUGGAGAGGUUCAAGCGAACGUCCGUCCGCGGCAGCCUGGGCGCAGCGGGCGUCGACAACCGUGGUUACCAGGGCGACGGGGACACCGCAGGGUCAAGGGUCAGGGGUCAGAGCGACUCAGGAGGGGUGUACAACAACGCUUUCAGCGACGACGAAGAUGAGGGGAGCAAGUCCAGCGUUGCCCACGGAGGAGUCCUGGAGACGGUAACCAGGGGCAACAGCGGAAUCAACUACCUGCAGAUGGGGGGGGAUGGGGAGGAGGGAGGAGGGACUGGUCCAGCACGCAGGCUGAACUAUCUGUCCAUGGGGGCAGGGCUACAGGAGGCCGCACGGGUAAGUCAGGAGGACACCUCUGAAGAACCUUCUACAAAAAGAAGCAGCUAUUUGGACAUGGCAACAGUACCAGCUGAUGAUGAUGAGCCCAGUACUGAAGACCCGGGAACAAAACGCACCAGCUACAUGGACAUGGCUGACUUACAAAAUGUCGCUGAGUCUGAGUCAGCCGAAACAGAGUCAGAUGAUGCCCGUCCUUCGAGAACGAGGCUGAGUUACGUGGAAAUGGCGCCGAUGACGGACGAUUCCGACGCGGACGAUCUUGACGCGAUACUGGAGGACGACCGAGCGAGCUUCGUCCGAGGUUCCCUGGCGAGAACCAGCUCCCAUCUCUCUGGGAUAUCAGGUGGAUAUUUCUCGAGGAACGAUUCCCAGCGUCGUUCGGGAAAGUCUCCGCGCAGUUCCAACCGUAGCCAGAAGAGGCGAACACCGCAGACCAGCCCUUCUGCGGCACGGCGAGGCGAAACGGUCAGCUACGCAAACGUGAGGCUACCAGAGUCAUCCACUAGGGGGGAGGGGGCUACGGGGGGUGCGCACCCCCCUCCCCCUCCUCAUAACUACACCAAUGUUAUGCCUGCUGCAUAUGUGUAACUGGAGCUGCCAAAUCGAAA